GAAUGUAUACGCUCCGCCUUUUCACGCGGCGCUCAGACACUGGAAAAUGUUUCUUUCUCGUUAUUGCUUUUCUUAAACCUACUAAUUGGAUUUUAUAUUGUUAUUAAUUAAAAUAUUGAACGGAUCUUUGGUUUAAAUAAAAAUGUCUGGAGGAUUAGAUGUGUUAGGGCUGAAAGAAGAUGAUGUUACCAAGAUGUUAGCAGCUACCACCCAUUUGGGUUCUGACAAUGUUAACUUCCAAAUGGAACAGUAUGUUUACAAAAGGAAUAGCAGAGGCUUAAACAUUUUCAACUUAAAUAAGACCUGGGAAAAAUUAUUGUUGGCUGCAAGAGCAAUUGUUGCAGUUGAACAUCCAUCUGAAAUUUUCGUUAUUUCCUCUAGGCCUUAUGGACAGAGAGCAGUUUUGAAGUUUGCAGCAUAUACUGGAGCAACACCCAUUGCUGGUCGUUUUACUCCAGGAGCUUUUACUAAUCAAAUUCAAGCUGCUUUUCGUGAACCUCGAUUAUUGGUUGUUACUGAUCCAGCUACUGACCAUCAACCAAUUACUGAAGCUUCUUAUGUCAACAUCCCUGUAAUUGCCUUAUGUAAUGCUGACACUCCAUUAAGAUAUGUUGAUAUUGCUAUUCCAUGCAACAAUAAAUCUCCUCAUUCAAUUGGAUUAAUGUGGUGGUUCUUGGCUCGUGAAGUUCUUCGGCUUCGAGGUACAAUUCCACGUGAUGGUAAAUGGGACAUUGUUGUAGACUUGUUCUUCUACAGAGAUCCAGAAGAUGUGGAGAAAGAAGAAGCUGCUGCCAAAGAAGCUUUGCCUGCUGCAUCAACCGUUAAACCAAUUGUCGGUGUUGAUGAUUAUGCUUUAGCUGGCACAGCUGCUGAUUGGAAUGAAGCAACAGCAGCUACUGCUGCUCCAAAUUGGGCUGAAGAUGGAAGUGGUGUACAGUUAGUUGCCACUCCAGCAGCACCUGCUGCAACUUUAGAUUGGACGACAGAAGAAUGGAACACUGCACCAGCUGGUGCAGCCGGUUCCAAUUGGGGUGGUGGUUCAGCACCAAAUUGGUCAAAUAUGUAAUAAUUUUUUUAUUAAAAAAGAUUUAAUAAAUAAAUUCUUUUUGAAAUAACA